GGAACCUCUCCUUUGUUAAUCGUUGGUUUGAAAAUGUUAUCAGACACACUCCCUCUCAUUCUCUGAACCAUAUGUUGAUCUAUGACUUUUAAGGAUGGAGGAAGAAAUACAUUAUUCUACGGUUGUUUUUAAAGAUGUUGGUGCAGCUCCAAAAGAAAAAAAAGAGGACCCAACAAUUUAUUCCGAAGUAAAACCGUCGGGGGCUGCUUCUACUGUACCAACAGAUGGUGAAGCAGCUGCAUGCUCUCACUUUCAUUUGCUGGCGGUGUGUUUGGGGAUACUGUGUGUCCUCCUGGUGGCGAGCAUCGGGGCCAUCAUCUACUUCAGUGUGGUAAUGAUUGAGCAGAAAGCAAACCUCAGCGAACUCGCAGCAGAAAAUGAGCAGCUGAUUAAGGAGAGAAACAUUUUAGAGCUAGAGAUGGAGCAUCUGAACAGAGUCACAUACAACCUGAACUGGACGCUGUCAAUCAUCCUGGGGUUUAACAGCUUUCCAGUUCACGACUACUGCCCGGAUAAAGUCUGUCAGCCGUGUCUGAAAGACUGGAUUCAGUUUGAGGAGAAGUGCUACCUGUUUUACAAUGAGAAAUCUCCUUGGAAGACAUGGCAAGCCAGCCAGAAGUAUUGCAGAAACAUAGCUGCAGAUCUGGUUGUUAUCGAUAGUCUGCAUGAACAGGAAUUCAUCAGUAAUCACACAGAGUAUUACUUCGACAAUUAUCAUGGAUACUGGCUCGGGUUACGUAAAAAAGAAAACAAAGACUGGGUUUGGAUUGAUGGACGUAAUGACACUCUAGGGUACUGGAUAAGGGAGAGUCUCGGUCAAUCAGGUUGCUGUGGACUGAUGAUCCCCGGGAGGAAUCUGACAGCCAGCUGGGAUCCAGCAAACUGUGUGAUGCAAAACAAAUUCAUCUGUGAGAGCAACGUUCUCAUAAGGUCCAACUAGUUAAUGCUGGGAUUUGCUUUGGUAUAAGUGGUGCAGACAGAGACACAGAAAGAAGAAUAUGUAACCAAAGCUAAGACUAUUGCAACAAAUGAAACAUUAGGACAAUGUUUAUGCAAAAUAUAGUUACGUAGGAAACGGAGUGCAGUAAAAUGUAAUAUAAUAUUAUAAACUAUAAUAUAAAAAGGAGAGUUAUGCUGAUUGGACAAAGAGGUAGCAUGGAGCAGAAAUGUGCAACAUGUGCAGGAUUUACAAUAUUAAAAAGAACAGUGUUAACGUUCCUAAAUGUAUGAUUUACUAUUAUCAUAAACCUGCACCACUGUUUCAAAAAGCAAUCAGGUUCAACAUCUAUUUCGUUAGCUUUGAUGUGCUUCUGAACAGAUGUCUACGCUGACUGAACGUCAAAGUAAUAAACUUGGAGAUCUUAAUGACAAACCACUUCUUUGUUGGUUGUUUUAACGCUUUAAGGAGAAAUCAAAAUCUGUAUACUAUUUAUUUACAAUGGGGAAAAUAUUUCACAAUGUAAAGGGAAACUUUAAUCACCAAUCAAUCAACAGAACACCUCUAUUGUUUUCUACAGUAAUAACAACAUGCUAUUAAAUGUAGUACCUUAACUUAGAAGAAUAAAGUUGGAUGGAACAAGUGUUGCUUUCUAUGACUGCUUUAAACUUCUCUAAUGUCUUCACCAAACACUUGAAGGCUGACUCAACUCAUUUUUGUUCCUGUGGUCGUCUUGCUGCAUGUUGUGCUCUCAAACGUUCUGUGUUACAGGUCACAAAAUGUCUUAUGCAAAACAAGUGUAUUUCUUUUUUACAUUGAUGCCCUUUCAUCAUCCUCAAUGUUUUAAAUUGUUGUAUAUUUCGGUAUUAAAGUUUGUUUUGUUACUUCUGUUGUAUCAGUCAGUCUGUUCAAUCUGGCUGCUAUGCUUUUUCAUUCACUUUUUAUUGCAACCUUUACUAUCAUUUAUCUACUUCUCCUUGUCCCUACAGUUCCCCAUCUUCAAUUUAGCAGUAUGAUAUGGAUCACUAGUGGAAGUACUCUGUUGACAAAUUACCUCAUUCCCCUCUCAAACUUCAUUUUUGUCCAUAUUUAUAAUUUAUGUAAUCAGGUGUAACUCAGAUUUGAUAAAGAUGUAAAUUAUCACAUUAAAUAAAGUAAAUUA